AUGGCCGACCCGCUCCGCAGGACGCUCUCCAAGCUGCGGGGCAGAAGGUCCCAGCGAGGCGCGGCGGCGGCGGGCGCCGGGCACCGCCACGGCGGGGUCUGCUCCCCGCAGGAUUUCAUAGAAAAUGUUUACAUAGCUUCGAGAAGCAGGAAGGAGCCCAAGUGCCCCCAGGCCAGCGAGGUGCCCGAGCACAGGCCGCAGGUGAACAGCAUAACCGUUUCCAAGAAACGCAGCUGGCUGCAGCAGAGCACCCACCGACGACCUCCUCCUCCUCCUCUGGAAGAAGACAAUGCCUGUAAGGAAGUGCACGGGGCUGUUAUCCCGGUACCCAAAUCUCCCAUCCCGCUGCCGGAGCCCGCGGUGCCGUGGGCUCCCUCCACGCCGGCAGCGGGGCGGGAGCACCCGGCGCGGAGCUGUGCCCUGCCGGGCCCGGGCGUGCUGAGGAGCACUGCCUUGGACUGCGGCGAGGAUGGCGACGCCGAUGAUGAAGGAGAAAUAUGGUACAACCCCAUCCCUGAAGACGAUGAGCCCGACUUGCCCAGGGUCCAUCCUUCUGCUGUGAAUAGCCUCGUUGCUGCGGGCUCCCCAUCGGUUUGGUACAAAUCCCAGCCUGGAGGUGACUCUGGAGUGGCCACGAGUCCCCAGGAGGGUCCCACACGCUCCGUGGAGAGCACGGGGAGCAGCUGGACGGCGCAGCCCAGCGAGGGGAGCCAGGCGGACGCUGCGCAGCCCGGGGAACACACGCAGCAGCCCCGGCAGAAGUCUGCCUGCAAGGCUCCUGGUGCGCCAACAGCAGAGGACAAUCCUGCCUUCAGGUGCCCUUCCACAGGGUUUGGAGCUGCUCUUGCACGCAAGCCUGAUAUACCCUCCACAGAGGUUUCUCCUCCAAGUCCCAGUCCCCUGAAAAAAAGUGGGUCAAUCAACUGGCCUUUCCCUGAUAGAAUUAAAUCUCCCAGGACCGUGAGGAAGCUUUCCAUGAAAAUGAAAAAGCUGCCAGAGCUGAGCAGGAAGCUGAGUGUGAAGGGAACUUCAAGCCAUAGUAGUUCAGAUAAUCCUCCUUCCCUGCUGAAGGGUAGCUGCCGGGAUACAAGCCAUACAGUGUCUUUGCCUUCUUCUGGAAACUCAGCUACAGCUGCCAGCAGAAAUGUGAUAAGCCGUUACCAUCUUGACAGCAGUGUGUCCUCGCAACACACCUACAAAAAGAAGAGCUCAAGGAGCUCCAAAUCCUUCAACAAAGGUGGUUACCUCAGUGAUGGUGACUCUCCUGAACUUAUAACAAAAUCAGGUAAACACAGAAAUGAAACCAAGUGUGGGAAAGGAAAGGAGAACCUUCCAAGUAACAGUGGUAAACCUGAAAUAGAUAUUGAUGCCUUCAGACACUAUAACUUUUCUGAUCAACCCAAGUGCUCUCAGUACAUCUCUGGACUCAUGAGCAUCCACUUUUAUGGUGCUGAAGACUUAAAGCCACCACGAAUAGACUCAAAAGAUGUCUUUUGUGCAAUACAGGUAGACUCAGUAAACAAAGCAAGGACUGCCCUGCUCACGUGUAGGACAACAUUUCUUGACAUGGACCACACGUUCAACAUAGAAAUCGAAAAUGCUCAGCACUUAAAGCUGGUGGUGUUCAGCUGGGAGCCCACCCCACGGAAAAACCGAGUGUGUUGUCAUGGAACUGUGGCUCUUCCCACUCUCUUCCGGGUCACCAAAACACAUCAGCUGGCUGUCAAACUGGAGCCCAGGGGGCUCAUUUAUGUCAAGCUGUCGCUCAUGGAGCAGUGGGAGAACUCUCUUGAUGGCCUUGACGCAGACCAUGAGCCUGUGAUGUUUGGGGUAGAUGCUCGAAAAGUUGUAGAGAAGGAAAAUGCAGGCUUGAUGGUGCCACUUUUGUUGCAGAAAUGCAUUCUGGAGAUUGAAAAGAGAGGCUGUCAGGUGGUGGGGCUGUACCGGCUCUGUGGCUCGGCUGCGGUGAAGAAAGAGCUUCGAGAGGCGUUCGAGAGGGACAGCAAGGCUGUUACUCUCUGUGAGAGCCAGUACCCAGAUAUUAAUGUCAUAACAGGUGUCCUAAAGGAUUAUCUGCGAGAGCUGCCCUCUCCCCUGAUAACCAAGCAGCUCUAUGAAGCAGUGUUGGAUGCCAUGGUGAAAAAUCCCUUGAAAAUGACAGCAAACGGUUGUGAGAAUGACCCAAGUGACUCUGAGCACACAGCAGCUCUUCUGGAUUGCCUGCCAGAUGUUGAGAAGGCUACCCUGAAGAUGCUGUUGGAUCACCUGAAACUGGUGGCUUCUUACCACGAAGUAAAUAAGAUGACGUGCCAGAAUUUAGCUGUGUGUUUUGGCCCUGUGUUACUGAGCCAGAGGCAGGAAACCACCAACCAUAACAACAGAGUCUUCACAGACUCAGAAGAGCUUGCUAGUGCCCUGGACUUCAAAAAGCACAUAGAGGUUCUUCACUACUUACUUCAGUUGUGGCCAGUUCAUCACUCGCCUGCCAAAGAGCCAGCACAUCUGAAUGUGUUUCCUGAGCACUCAUCCUCCCUGAAUUACCUGAGACCCAAGAGGCAGAGACCUCAGAUGCUGAACCUGAGUGGGACCGAGAUGUCAGGGGUGCUCAGACCAAGGCCAGCAGGUCUAGACAGCCCCUCGAGCAACCGCUAUGCUGGGGACUGGAGCAGCUGUGGGGAGAACUACUUCCUAAACCCCAGAGACUGCCUGGGUGAGGCAGACUAUGAUGAUGUCCCUUCGGAGGACACGGAGAGCGGGGAUGACAGCAGCAAAGCCGAGGAGCUGGACGCGCCCGUCGGACGCCCGCAGCCCGGCCCCGGAGAGCAUCCCUUGGGGAGCUACCUGACAGUGCAAGCUAUAGACUCUGCAGUGGAUCACAGAGCACAUCUCAAGGACCUGCAGGAAAGUAUUGAUACUCUCAUAGGAAACCUGGAAAGGGAACUCAAUAAAAACAAGCUAAAUAUGAGUUAUUAAAUCCUGUCCUGCAUGACGUCUCCUUGUGCCUCCAUGCCCCUUGUUGGGCUUCCCUAGCUGUGUGAGGAGUGAUGGUGCCCUGAGCACCUCGUGGUAAGGCCACAGCCCACCUUGUGUUAGCACAUGUGAAGCCAUUCCGUAAUGUUUCUGCCUUUCGUUAGAAGGCUUUGUCCUGAUUUGUGUUGGAGACCAGCUUAGACUGUGAUGUGAUUCCACAUAGUGGCAUUUCUCCCUGAAAACACUAUGCACUUAGGUGGCCUGGGCAGUACCUGAUAGAAGAUAAAGCAACAUCUCUGCUGUCAGUGGCAGCAGAAUUCCUCAUUCCUGAACUCCUGGCUCCGGUACAGAUGUUCCUCUCGGAAGAGGAUGAACGCUGCUUGGGCUGAGUUUUGCAGCAGGGACUUCACAUAGACUUG